AUGGCGGAGGCGCGGCCGCUGCGGCUGCUGGCGCUGCACGGCUACCGGCAGAGCGCCCGCCGCCUCCGCCAGCGCACCGGCGCGCUCCGCAAGGCCCUGCGCGGCCGCGCCGAGCUGGUGCCCAUCGACGCGCCGCACCGCUUGCCCGCCGGCGCUGAGGACGACCCCGACGGGGACGACCCCCCCCGCGGCUGGUGGUUCUCCGGGCCCGGCACGUUCGAGGCGGGCGAAGCGGCCGCGGCUCCGGCGGGGCUGGAGGAGUCUCUGUCGGCCGUGGCGGCGGCCCUGAGGGAGCAGGGGCCCUUCGACGGGCUGCUGGGCUUCAGCCAGGGCGCGGCGCUGGCCGCCAUGGUGUGCGCGCUGCGGGCCCGCGGCGACCCGCGCUUCCCGGUGGCCUUCGCCGUGCUGGUGGCCGCGUUCGCCAGCCGCGCCCCGGCGCACGGACACUUCUACCGGGAGCCCAUCGCCCUGCCCACGCUGCACGUGGUGGGCGACACGGACGGCGUGAUCGCCGCGGCCCUGAGCAGGGAGCUGGCGCAGUGCUUCGUGGAGCCCGUGGUGCUCACGCACCCCGGCGGGCACUUCAUCCCCGCGGCUGCGGCGCAGAGGAAAGCCUACCUGGAGUUCCUGGAGCGCUUCUGCCCCCGGCAGGGCCAGGCCGAUGAGGCUGGGGAGGUGUGAGAGCGGGCUCUGUAAUAAAAAAAGGGCUCUGGUGAGCCACGAGCAGCCA